AUACUAUACGUUUGUUUCUUUUUAUAACAAAAAGGGGAAAAAUGGCUUAGGCCGCGGUAACGCCUUUUCUGCUUGUUCCUCAUCCGAUCAUCGAUUGACGUUCGAGUACACAUCGAGAUUUCAAAUGCUGUCUCCUACAACAUUGGCGGCAUGUCACGUUUAACGUACUUAUCACCUAUGAAAAGGGACACGCGAUAUAAUAUAUUCCAAUUAUCGAUUAAAAAGACGUUGAAAUUUGAUUUCUUUACGAAAAAUGGCUGAUCGCUAAAUUCGUGUAUACGUACACGCAUAUAUGUAUUAAUACACGGUGAAAAUUGUGUGAAAGGAAUAAAUAACCUAACGUGAUUCGUGUCAAACGCGGGUAAAUAUGCCGCGAACCAAAGCAUCACCGACGAAGUGCGUCAAGACGACUAAUUCCCAUCAAGGAACGAACACAUGGGUUUUCCUGAUGAAAGGUGAUAGUUUGGAUAACUCAGAUGGAGGAGGCAUCCCUGAUGUUAUUAAGUUAAGGCAUCCUGGCACAAAUCGGCCUGCAAUGUUCGUAUUUAGUCCAGGCAACUUGACCAUACAAGAGGUUUUAACGUUCGAGGAAAAUAAAAGAUCCUGGUUUAUAGACGAUAAUGUGAAAUCUGAUGGGAAACUACAUUUAUCUACUCCCUUUGAUCCAAUAUUUUUAAUAUUACCUUAUUUGAGAAAAGUACAACAAGCGCAACCGAUAGAGCAAUGUCUAUGGGAUCAAGAUUUCCCAGAAAUAUCCCGUCUUAUUCAAUGCCAGAACUUGAAGUUAACAUUGGUAGCUGACCGGAAGGGUGACGAAUCUUUGCAAGCAUACAAAUAUAAUGAAGAAAAGACGUUGAUUUGGUUGAAGAAGAAAGUGGAAAGAGUAGCUGAAGUGUUGAAACAGAAAGGUAUUCAUGUGUCGCAAGGUGCUAUUAGCGCAUCUUAUGUGAAAAGUAAUAAACAAGAAAACGUUUUGGAAGUGGAGUACAUAAAAUAUGCGCAUGGGAUUAUAUCAGAGUAUCUUCAAGAGGAUUUAUCAGAAAAAUUAGCACAAUACCUAAAUUUGUCAGAUGAAACUGAAAGUAAAAAACGGAAGUUAAGUAGUCCGACUGAUAGCACCGAUGAAAAGAGAUCUAAGAAGGACGCAACAAAAGAAUCUGAUAUAUUAGAUCUUGGUGAAAGUUUUAAACAUUUUAAAGUUCCCAUUGAAAAUGAAUCAGCAUUGAAGCCAAAGACACCCGAAUCAACUAAAUUAGGAAAGCCCCAGAAACCCGGUAAAAAGGAAUUAGCGAAGCAAAAAGCGGCAGCUGGGUCCAAGAGUAUAACCAACUUCUUUAAGAAAAAGUAGAUUUCAAAAUCAAGGAUCUGAAGAACAUAUACCCGAACUUUUUAAAUCUCAAAUAUUACUUAUAAUACACAUAAAUUCAAUUCUAACAUUUUGUGAAUCGGAAAUAAAUUUAUACCCUAAUAAAAAUAUACUGGAAGAUUUGAGGAUUAAUCA